CAAACAAGCUCGAUAGCUGCUCGCCGACUGCUAGCAUAAUAGCAUAUACAUCAGCUAGGUGCCUGGCUACAAGUAGAUCUUGUGCCGGAAAACAACAAGAAGAAACAUGACCACUUCUGCCAUCAAGCCCCUGACUGUCCUAUUCUUUUUCUUGGCCGUCUCUCCUCGCGCGACAGGUACCAAUGGUGAGCCAUGCGGCACGUCCAGCAUCCAGGUGCAGACCAUCAACACGGGAGCGACGGCGGCCGGCGGCGACACGGUGUUCGAGGUCCAGGUGAAAAACCUGUGCCCAUGCAGCGUCAGGAACGUGCGCGUCGAUGGCGGCGGCUUCGCGACGACGGUGGAGGUCGACACAAACCUGUUCCGCUCAGUCGACGGCAGUGUCUACCUGGUGAACGCCGGCGAGCCCAUCGCGAGCAUGGGCACCGUGAGCUUCCGCUACGCCUGGGACCACUUCUUCCAGAUGACUCCUAGGAGCUUGGAGGUCGAGGGCCAGUGUUAGCUAGCUACCAAAGUCGUCGCAAGCUGGUUGCCAUGCAUGUUGGGGUAUAAUGUGUCGGCUAUAUGUAAGUUGUCGUCUUUGAUUUACAGUGUAAACAAUAACGCAUAAGUACAGUGCAAAAGGGUGUUAGCUAGCUAGAGAGAGAACGAAAAACCGUCUCCUCCGGCCUAUAGCAGUGUAUAAUGUAUAAGAAUUUUGCAUUAAAGUGUUCACGUUCCUAGAGCAAACUUU